CACAUGUACCUGGACGUGCUGGAGGUGGCUGGGAAUCAGAUGAAGAUGAGAAGUCAUUGCCACAUCCACAGUUGCAGUCUGUAAACAGUGACAGUAAUUUAUCAAGUGACUCCUUGGAAAGGAUAGAGUCACAAGAAAAUAAUGAAUUUACUGUAGAAAAGCAGCUUGUAACAGAAUAUUGUAACGAAUUAGGAUCAUUAUAUUCAGUGCACAAACUCAAUGACUUAUGCAAGAGAUGGCUUCAGUGUCCGGUGGUCUUCAUUCCAUAGCAUAAAGAAUCAGCAGACGCAGGCGUUAUUGGAUGCCCUUGGACAGCUUGUCCAGGGUCAACGUGCACUGCAACACGAUGCGGCAGCCGCCGCUUCACCGCUACCGCAGCCACAACUCGCAGUUGCACCGCCUUUUAGGCACUACGACCCAGCGCAAGAGUCGUGGCCAGAAUGGUCCCGACAGUUUGGCUUUCACCUAGCCGCCUACAGAAUUCAAGGUAAUGAGCGGCAGCCAUUUUUGCUUUCUUGUGUCGGUGUGUCCACCUACCGUGUGAUAGUGAAAUUGUUUCCCCGACGCGACGUAGCAACUCUGUCCUACGAUGAGAUUUUGUCUGCUUUAGAUGCCUAUUUCAAAGAAACAGUUAAUGUGGUUGCAAAACGGUAUACGUUUUUUCGUACUAAAUGUACGGCCGGUCAAACUAAUAGGGAGUGGGUAGCAACAUUGCAAGGACUUACUAGGGACUGUGCCUUUGAAUGUGACUGUGGCCUUUCUUAUUCAGAUACAAUGGUAAGUGAUGCGAUUGCACAGAACGUUUCUGAUGUUCGCAUACGGGAACAAAUUUUGAAACUAGUUAAUCCCUCCCUUCAACAAGUGAUAGACAUAUUGGAUGGACAAGACACACUUGACUGUGCUCAGGAAUCUUUUGAAACUUCGCCAGCUGUGUGUAACAUUAACCGGCCCGCCGGGCGCGCUCGCGCUACGCGGCCCGGUCAACUGCCCUCGCGCACACCAACGCAGCUGCCGCCACGCUCUAAAGCAGGUGUGCCGCGCCAGCACACAAAUGCAGUGAAAUCAUGCCCGCGGUGUGCUACUAGACAUUCGCGUGAACAUUGCCCAUCACGCCAAGCUAUUUGCUUUUUCUGUAAUAAGAAAGGACAUGUUCAAAGUGUUUGCCAGAAAAAGCUCAGAUCAGACAAUCACAAUCAUUCCAGGCCCUUUGCUUCGCGCCGGAAUCGAACCAAGGACACUCAGGCUCGUGGACCUUCGCCCAUGGACAUUCAUGUCGUUAAUUCCACUUCGUCCAGUGACACUUUCUCUAACAGUGACUGUGUUCGUCCCACAAAAAGUGUGCGUCGACGUCGCCGGAAAUCACGUCAAUUAGCAAGUGAUGCUGUACCAGUGUAUGUUCAAAUUGCACAAAACAGUCGCUCUUGUCGUCAGCAGGACAAUAAACUUUUAGUAGAUUUGGACUUUAAUGGCAAGGUCAUACCGUUCCAGCUCGAUACCGGAGCUGCAGUUUCAUUGCUCAAUCACGACACGUACAAACAACUGGGCAAACCUCCGUUGCGUGCCGCAAAUGUUACGCUAAAAAGUUAUUCAGGACAGCCGAUCCCUGUGUUAGGACAGUGCACUCUUCUUGCAACAUAUAAAGGACAAACAAAACUUGUGUCAUUUUACGUUCUUCGUUCUUCUACUGCAGUGAACUUGUUUGGCUUAGAUUUAUUUCAGUUGUUUAACAUGUCUAUUGUAAAUCAGGUCCUAUCAGUGAAUCAGACUGUGCCUUCAGACAGUGUUGCUCGGUUAUGUGAAGAAUUUGCAGACAUUUUUGCACCGGGCCUUGGUUGCGCUAAGAACUAUGAAGCACAAUUGGAACUGAAAGUCCACGCGCAACCGAAAUUUUUCCGAGCGCGCAAUGUUCCCCACGCAUUGCGUGAUGCGGUCGCACGACCGUUAAAGGAUAUAGAAUCACAAGGUGUAAGUGAAUGUGCGCAAUGCCUCUUCCAUUUCAGCUCCGCUUCCUCGCUUACGCCGUACAGAGGUUCCGUUUCUCUGGACAACGGAAUGCGAACGCGCCUUUCGCCAGUUGAAAUCGGCGUUGCUUUCUAAUAC